UUACCUGCUCGCCGUCGAAUCCGCCACCGCCCCGCCUCCGCCGCUACCUCCACCGCUGCCCAAACUCCUUCCUCCGAAUGUUAGCCUUAUUCGCCUCGAAUCACCCAUCUUUUUUGUGUUUUUGAUGAUUGUUGUUUUUUUUUUUAUUAACAAAAAAAUUUCAGACUUAGAGUUUCAAGUUUUUUUUAGAGAGUUAGAGAGAUAGUGAAUGAGGUAAGAAUGAGCUGGAGAGUUGGAGCUUAGGAUUGAUCUACAAACCCAAAUGAAUGGAAAAGUGAAAAAAAAACCGUAUUUUAUUGUUAGAGGUAAAAUUGGAACUUCAAGUCAAAAUGCGAGCGUUACCCUUUAAAAUGGGAGCGAUGUUUAACAAGAGUGGUAUCAACUUUAUUUGGACGGGACUAAAACAUCAACUUCAACAAGACAACAAUCAUCUGUCAAAAAAAAACUUCAACAAUCAUCGCAAAGCUCACUCAGCACCUGGUACUUGGGGGUUUGUGGCCCCACUGAAUUUGCUCCAACAAACAAAUACUCCAACACCCGCUUACUCUACUUUAACAAAACAUUCAAGGGUCACAUUUCUGCAACAUUAAUUUGCGACAAUAAUGAGGAGAUUCGUUGCUAAAAAUUCUAAGUAUUUGCAAUUUAUCGCAAGAAGUUUUUCUUCUUCUUCAUUGGAAUCUUCUUCUGGGUUAUUUCCUCAAGUUACUCUUCAAACCAUUAAUCCAAAGGUCUUGAAAUGUGAAUUUGCUGUUCGUGGAGCCAUUGUUACACAUGCUAUGAGGUUGCAAGAACAAUUGAAGCAGAAUCCUGGUUCUCUCCCCUUUGAUGAGAUAGUUGUCUGUAAUAUGGGAAAUCCUCAAUCUCUCGGGCAGCAGCCAAUCACAUUUUUCCGAGAGGUUCUUGCACUGUGUGGUCUUCCAAGCUUUUUGGAUAGAAGUGAAGCACAGAAACUCUUCAGUGCUGAUUCAAUCGAGAGAGCUAGGCAGAUCCUGGAUCAGAUACCUGGAAGAACAACUGGUGGAUAUAGUCACACUCAGGGUAUUAAGGGACUACGUGAAACAAUUGCUUAUGGAAUUGAAGAACGUGACGGUUUUCCAUCCAAUGCCAAUGAUAUCUAUUUGACUGAUGGUGCAAGCCCUGGGGUGCAUAUUAUGAUGCAGUUACUUCUGAGGUCCGAGCUAGAUGGAAUCCUUUGCCCUAUUCCGCAUUAUCCUUUGUACUCUGCGUCAAUAGCUCUCCAUGGUGGAACUCUGGUUCCUUACUGCCUUGAUGAAGCAACCGGAUGGGGUUUGGAGAUUUCAGAGAUAAAGAGUCAAUUAGAAGCGGCCAGGUCAAAGGGGGUAACAGUUCGAGCCUUGGUUGUGAUAAACCCUGGCAACCCAACUGGACAGGUUCUUUCUGAGGAAAAUCAGCAGCAAAUUGUUGAGUUAUGCAAGAAAGAAGGCAUUGUGCUUCUGGCAGACGAGGUUUACCAGGAAAAUGUGUAUGUUCCCGACAAGAAGUUUCAAUCGUUUAAGAAAAUUGCACGUUCUAUGGGCUAUCAGGAGAAGGAUAUCCCCUUGGUUUCAUUUCAGGCAGUUUCUGAAGGAUAUUAUGGAGAAUGUGAGAAAAGAGGUGGAUACAUGGAAGUUACAGGAUUUAGUGCCGACAUAGCUGAACAAAUCUAUAAAGUUGCUUCUAUCAAUUCAUGUAAUUCGAAUAUAACUGGUCAGAUUCUCACCAGCCUUGUCAUGAGCCCACCAAAGGUUGGAGAUGAAUCUUAUGAAGUGUAUUCUGCUGAGAAAAAGGGAAUCCUUUCAUCCUUGGCUAGGCGUGCACUGACUCUAGAGGAUGCAUUCAAUAGCUUAGAAGGCGUGACAUGCAACAAAGUAGAGGGAGCCAUGUACUUAUUCCCUCGCAUUCAUCUUCCCCAGAAGGCGAUAAAAGCAGCUGAAUCAGAGCACAUUGCCCCUGAUGCAUUCUAUGCUUUUCGCUUACUAAAAGAGACUGGGAUUGCCGUCAUUCCAGGAACUGGUUUUGGGCAGGUUCCAGGCACUUGGCACAUCAGGUGCACAAUUCUGCUCCAGGAGACUAAGAUCCCGGCCAUUGUAAAGCGUAUAUCGGAUUUCCACAAGAAGUUCAUGGAUGAGUUCCGUGGUUGAACACUUGAACAAAUCUAACAAACCUCUUAUGUUGGAAGAUACUAUGAAUGAUCAUUACUAGUCUAUAAUUUUCAGAACUAGCUGUGACAUGCAUGUGUAAUUGAUGUAUGCAUGUAUGAUGUAUCUAGUAUUCUAGUGAUGGGCAUGAGCCAUUAGCUAACAAUUCAGGAUUGAAUUGUGAAGUCGAGUUCGAUCUCAAAACAUAGCUAGUUCAAAUGUUAAAUGAUUUGAACUCAAAAUCUAGCAUAUUUGACUUGUAAGCUCAUGAACGGUUCGGCCCAAAAAAUUAGUAUUAAAAUUAAAUAA